GAGGAGAGGUCCACCAGGACCAUCACUAAAGAGCUCAAGGCCCAGCUAGAUUUCGCUCACAACCAUCAGUAUACAACUGAGUCCUUCCCCUAUCAGCCACAGAUGGAGCUGACGGAGAGGUGAGAGUGAGAUGAGAGAAGACCAGGACUCGCUGUAUGAACCUGAGAGCUCAGAAUCACAAUCAUCACAGUGCGAGCCAAGAGAUACUAUCGAAGAGUUUGUGCAAGAUCCAAAAUACAUAGUCUUUGAUAGCAAGCUGAGGGGAGUUUUUCACUGUCAGCCAUGAGCCAGGAUGUCGAGCAGUUGUCAUCGUUAAUCCCUGAAAAUAAAUAGUUUUGCCAUCACCAUGGAGACCGAGUGUGUUGUGGGCCUCAGGAGGAAGUGGGGGUCCCAGACCAGAGUGGGAAAGUUGUUUGCAGGGAAUCUGUUGGUGCCAUCAGUGGUCUUCCUUACUGGCAGCUCCCACUCCACAUUUGUGGAAAUAUGUCACCUCAGCCUGGUGUCCAUGUUGCUGCGACAGUUCGCAAACCAACAGCGCUUUUACAUUGUGCCAGAGGUUAGCCACAUGUGGACCCAGCACACGGAGGCCAUUCUGGCUACAAUUGGUGACAGUCCACUGAUCGUAUCUGGAGACGCACAGUGUGAUUCUACAGGCCAUUGUGCCUCCUUUGGCACUUACACCAUCCUGGACUCUGCUUCCCACCUGAUCCUCGCCCAGGAGACUUGUGCAUGUGACCGAAGUGAAGAACAGCUACUGGUUGGAGACGGAGGAAUUAGAAAGAUGCCUGCAACACGUUGAGGUAAGCUAUAGUCUAACCAAUAUUUUGUAGCUAGCCUAAGGGUUGUAAGUGUGUAUUUGUGGGAUUCAUGAAGAGGACGUAGGUACCUUUUUAGGAUAAUAAUACAAUCAUUAUUACUAACGGGCCCAUGGAUGCAGCAUUGAAACCCUGGCCACUGACAGGCAUCCAAGUGUGAGGGUGCACUUGAAGGACUCACAUGCUCAUAUCUGGCAUGAGUAUGACCUGUGGCACAUUGCCAAAGGUGUGCGGAAACAGCUGGUAGCAAUCAGGAAGCCAGAGGUACUGUCAUAUUUUAUAGUAAAAUCAGAACUAUAUGAUGAUUCAAGUCAGUGACUCAGGUGUCUCAUUUAUUCCCUGUGUCUCAGGUACUGCCAUGGGUGAGGGCAUUAACGCACCACUUGUGGUACUGUGCCGCCACUGCUGGUGGGAGUGUCCAGGUGCUAAAAGAAAAGUGGAUCACCUUAGUUCACCACAUACAAAUGAACACCAGUGGGUCACUGGCGACACACUCAACUGCACCUAA